UUUUACACUAUGAUAUUUCCAGAAAUCUUGGUGGUAUUAACACUUGAAAAAGAUGAUAUAUAAGGCAAUAAUGGUCGUAUUAUUGACAUGAAGUUCGGAGACAGUUACAAAAUGGAAGGGUUCGGGGGAGAAUCCACGUCACGCCUAGCAACCACUAGGCCUUAGAGAUCCAUGAAUUCAGUUGCCAAUUCUCUCUUUGUUCUAUUCACCUCCUAAUAACUUCUAAUCUUUCUGAACCAUAAAGUUUCUCAGGCAAGUUUCACAAAAUGUUUACAAUCGUUGCCGUUCCAUAACAAUGUGAUCACUCACUCACUUUUAUCUUUCUUUUGAAUUUUGAAGAUGGAUCGGCGGAGAUCUUACGAGAGGCAGCAGAGUUCAACGCCGACGACGCCGACGUCACCGUCGUCGGGUACGCCGCAGAACCUCCACGCACGCGCUGGUUCCACGGGCUCCGUCAUGGCGAACCCCCGGAGAGUGCAGAACAUCGCCGCCACCAAAGCGGCCGCUCAGAGAUUGGCACAGGUGAUGUCGCAUUCAACGGUAGACGUCGACGACGAAGACGAAGAGGAAGUUUCUCUCGACUAUUCCACGCUCAGUGUCGGCAUUGGCCUCGGAGCUGCAAGACCUGCUCGACCUCACUCUCCAAUGAGAGUUCCAGCUAUUCCGGAGCAACCUUCAUCCUCAAGAUCGCGUUCACCAUUGCUAGUUCGGCCAGCUCAAGAACAGAUUCCAUCUGCAAGACCACAGUCACCGGCGUCAGUUCGUACCGUUCAAGAACGACCGCAAUCUUUGAGAAGCAUAUCGAGUGGUAGAACGCUUGUAACUUCUGCAAAUAAUGCUGUUGCUGCUGUUGACCAGCAACCGGUGCGACCAUCGACGCCGCUGAAUAGUGUGGCGGCAGAGCAGCCAACUUCUGCUCGUUCAAUGAUGUCGAACAGAGGACCGGAGCAGUCGCCUACUGCUCGGUCUAUGAUGAUUAAUCGGACACCUCAGCCGCCAAUGCCCAGUAGCACCACUGGCGAUCAGCCUCCGUCUGCUCGUGCAUCGGCGAUCCGUCCGACCCCGGUCAAUAAGGUGGUUAUGGUGCCGUCUAGUGUCCCCAUCACACUCAGGCGUGAUUCUUUUGCAAAUGUUCCUCCCUUGGAUACAACUACCUUAGAUUUCAAGAAAGACAGAAGAAUGUCAUUCGAUUUGGGGAGCAUGAAAGUAAGAUCAGAACCUUCCAAUCAGCGUCCUCCUACGGAGCUUGAGGAUGAGCUUGAUAUACUACAAGAAGAAAACGAGAGUUUGCAUGAAAAGCUUCGGCUUACAGAGGAGAAGUGGGAGGAAGCUGAAUCCAGGAUUAGGCAACUAGAGCAACAGCUUGCUUUUGCUAAUCUUGCAGAAGGUACAACUUUGGAGGCUCGCCUUUUAAACAGGAAGGAAGCAGCAAUGCAGCAAAGAGAGGCUGCUCUGAGAAUUGCUUCUAAGGGUCGUGGAAGUUUGGAAGCUGCAGCGCAGAGGGCAGAUGCUGAGGUUGAAAACGAGGAGGUGGUGGCUGCAUUGGAAAAGCUACGGCUUGUGACUCAACGAAUGAUACUUACGGCAGAAGAAAUGGAAGAGGUUACUUUAAAGAGGUGUUGGCUGGCACGAUAUUGGGGUUUAUGCGUUCACCAUGGUAUUCACGCUGAUAUUGCUGAAGCAAAAUACAACUACUGGUCUAUCUUCGCGCCUAAUCCUUUUGAAGUUGUAUUAGCUGCGGGAAAGAAAGCGAAACUACCAGGAGGAGGUCGCAGUGUAGAUGAGGAGGAAAAUAAACGUGACUUGAAGGACCUUACAGGGGAGGGAAAUAUUGAGAGCAUGCUUUUUGUCGAGCAAGGGUUGCGGGAAUUAGCUUCACUAAAGGUUGAAGAAGCUUUGGCAGUUGCAAUGGCUCAACAUAGGCGACCAAAUUCACUGAAAGCAGGUUUUACAGACGAUUUGAAGCUGCCAAUUGAAGGGCAAUGUGACGCAUUUGAAUUGACCCAGGAAGAGGCCGAAGAUGUGUCUUUUAAGCAGGCCUGGCUUACAUAUAUUUGGAGGAGAGCGAAAACGCAUGAAAUUGAAGCAGACAUAGCAGACGAUCGUUUGCAUUUCUGGAUCAACCAUACUUCUAAGACACCUAGCUCACAAGAUGCGGUUGACGUACAUUAUCCCUUUGUGCAGUUGAGCGUGGACUUGCUGAGAUCAAGAAGUUGGGUAUUGAAAUUCAGCUGUGGGAUGAAUCACGCAGAGAGUUGCUGGAAGAGCCAGAAGAUGAGAAUACCAAAACACCCAGUCGUGCUGACUUUUGAUAUAUACAAUUGAAUUGAAUUGAAAUGAAAUAGAUUCUUCACCAAAUUAUUCCUUUCACACAAAUUCCCAAAAAAGUAUGAUAGGCUGUAUUUUAAGUGAACGAUUAUUAUAUUUAUAAGCCAAUGCCAUGAAUUUGUUGUGAGAGUGUAAAAAGUACUAAAUUAUUUAUGUAGUUUAAUUUUCUGUUUUUCUAAAUUGUGUAAGUAUCAAUACAUUAUUGA